CAAAUCACUACUCAACCUGUGCAAGUUCAUGGCCACUUGAAUUUCUCUCCAAAAACAACACCACAAAUUUGAAGCAAAAAUCCCUUGUGAUCACAAAAGCCUCUCUUUUGUCUUCAAAUCUCUCUCUAUAGCUAACUAAUAUGGCUGACCGGAAAGCCGAAACUAAUGCCAUUUCCGGCCAACCCCAGAAGGCUAUUAUGGAUUUUGAUCCUCCAAAAAAACCCAAAAGAAACAUAUAUGCUUUGGCUUGUGCUCUUUUGGCCUCCAUGACUUCUGUCUUACUUGGCUAUGAUAUUGGUGUAAUGAGUGGAGCUAUAAUUUACAUCAAAGACGACCUCAAAAUCUCAGACGUACAGGUUGAAAUCCUCGCCGGAAUCCUCAACCUUUACUCACUCAUAGGCUCAUGCGCCGCCGGCAGAACCUCCGACUGGAUAGGCCGGAGAUACACCAUAGUGGUGUCCCAAGCCAUCUUCUUUGCUGGGGCUGCUCUCAUGGGAUUUGCCACCAACUAUGCUUUCCUCAUGGUUGGUCGCUUUGUCGCUGGCGUCGGCGUCGGCUAUGCACUCAUGAUUGCCCCUGUCUACACCGCUGAGGUCUCUCCGGCUUCCACUCGUGGCUUCCUCACCUCCUUCCCUGAGGUCUUUAUCAAUGCUGGCAUAUUGUUGGGGUACGUAUCAAACUACGUAUUCUCAAAGCUCCCAACACACUUGGGAUGGCGUGUCAUGCUGGGAGUGGGUGCGGUCCCGUCUGUGAUACUCGGCAUCGUCGUUUUAUGGAUGCCCGAGUCACCUCGCUGGCUGGUCAUGCAGGGUCGACUCGGUGACGCGAAGACAGUUUUGGACAAAACCUCGGACUCAAAAGAAGAAGCCCAAAUCAGAUUAGCUGAUAUUAAGGAAGCUGCCGGAAUUCCCGAGAAUUGCACAGACGACAUCGUUCAGGUCUCGAAACGCAGCCACGGUGAAGAUGUCUGGAAAGAACUGCUGCUCCGUCCUACGCCGGCCGUUCGCCACGUUUUAAUCGCAGCCGUUGGAAUCCACUUCUUCCAACAAUGUUCGGGGAUUGACUCAGUGGUUUUGUACAGUCCUAGGAUCUUUGAAAAAGCUGGAAUCACUUCCUCAAACAAAAAGCUACUCGCUACUGUAGCCGUUGGAUUUGUUAAAACGGUGUUUAUUUUGGUUGCAACUUUCUUGCUUGAUAAGAUCGGACGGCGGCCGUUGCUUUUGAGCAGUGUGGCUGGGAUGAUAUUCUCACUCGCCACCUUGGGAUUUGGGCUCAAGGUGAUUGAUCAUUCUGAUCAUACAGUCACGUGGGCUGUGGUGUUGUGCAUAACCAUGGUAAUGUCUUUUGUGGCAUUUUUUUCAAUUGGGAUGGGACCCAUUACGUGGGUCUAUAGCUCUGAGAUUUUCCCGUUGAAGCUACGCGCUCAAGGGACGAGUAUGGGAGUGGCAGUGAAUAGGCUGACAAGUGGGGUCAUAUCUAUGAGUUUUAUCUCGCUAUAUAAGGGGAUUACUAUUGGUGGGACCUUCUUUUUAUAUGCUGGAUUUGCCUUGGUGUCAUGGUUUUUCUUUUAUUUCCUGCUACCUGAGACACAGGGUAGGACCCUUGAAGAUAUGGAGGGGCUUUUUGGUAAUUUCAAGUGGAAUUUUCCGAAGAACAAGAAUAAUAAUAAUAUUAAGGAAGUUAGUAACAGUAAUGGACCUAACGGUCAAGUUCAGUUAGGGACUAAGUAAGUUAAGGGUUGGGUUUGGGUAAAAAAAGGGUAUUAAUGAUAGAUAUGUUUUAGCUUUUCUAUCAUAACAAUGAUGUGAGAUGCAGUAACGCCGAUGUUAUGAAUAACAAAGAUAAAUUUCCUAUUA